GCCACGACAGUCGCAUCGACUCGAGGUUAAACGUGCGCGCGCGCGCGUGCUUCAAAAAUCUGUUCUCUCUCUCCCCCUCUGUCUCAUCUAUUCUGUCUGUCUCUCUCACCGUGCCACUGUGUGUACCCGUCCGUCUCUCUCUCGCACCCCUUUCUCUCUCUCUCUCUCUCUCUCUCUCUCUUUCCUCCUCUCGUCCCCCACCCACCGUCGAAGCGGGCGGGCGAGAGAGGCGAGAAACAGCCGCGAGCGGAGGAACGAAGCGAAAAAGAUCCUCCGCGGCCCUCGUCAUCUUCCGCGGAUACGAGUUUGCCGGGAUAGACGAUUUUCCGGCGGGACAACGAGAGAAGAGUGCCGUUUCUCGGCCGCUGCCACCGGCCAACGGGGAUAACCGGGUUCAGAAACCUCGAUCAGACAGGCCCGGAGGUAGCCGGAGAGCAAUCUAGCGAUCACCUAUGAUCUCGACGAGCAGCGUCCUCGAGAGGACCACGCUUCCGGCAGAGAGGCGUUUUUGGCAGCGUUCCUAAGAGUCCCCCUUCGCCCCGGACCAGUGUUGCAACCGGGACCAGAUAUCUCCUGCGGGCUCCUCGGACGAACACCCUCGGAAGCGUUUCGCGAUCCCGGAUACCACGGACGGAGGAGGAGGCGGAGGAGGAGGCGGAGGAGAGGAGGAUUCCGGGCAAGAUGGACAUGAGCAGCGAGUCGAGCGCGGCUAGGUGGUACGAGCCACCUAGGUCCUCGCUGGAGCCGCCCUCGGGGGGCGCCGGGGUCGCCGGAGUCGUCGGCAACCCGACCGACUACAGGGGAUACUACCCUCACGCAGGACCCACUGCGCACCACCCCGCCGCCGCGGCAGCCGCGCACUAUGCUCACACAAGGAUGUCUAGCAGCGGCGUGACGAGCGGGCCGGUGAGCCAGGUCUGUCGUCCGCACUUCCACAGUUCGGUGCUGCACCCUUGGCUCCCCGGCAGCGGCACGGACACCACGAAGACCCCAUGGGGGUUCCCAACGACGGCCGGUUCCGGCGGGGGUGGCGUAGCCGACGACAAGCCCCAAAGUCCCCUAGGCUCGCUACCUUCUAGCACCGGUAGCCUAUCCAGCCACGGUGGCGCCGGUGGCCACCACUUAUUCUCGUUCCCGCCGACACCACCGAAGGACGCGACGCCGGACAGCAUCACGGCCAGCACCACGUCCAGCACGAACAACAACAACAGCUCGGCGGCGAACAACAACGCGAACAACGCGAGCAACCCCUUGUCCAGCCUAGGCAGCGGCGCCAGCAGCGAUACCACCCACCACCAUCACCAUCACCAUCAUCACGCGGCCACCUCGUCGUCCUCGUCGUCCUCGUCGCACAACCCGCACAACGGUGCCGGCGCCGGCGGCGGGGUAGCCAGCAUCUUCGGCGGACACCACGCCGCCGGGGCCGCGGCUGCGGCGGCGGCGGCGGCGGCCGGGAACGCGACCGGCGUGGCCGGCGUAAACGUCGACUCGAAGUUGUUGGUCGGUCACGCGCACGCUAAUACGCCGGGUUCGCCGUCCGCGCAGCAGCAGCAGCAGCAAAAGCCCAGGAACAAGUCGAGGACGUCCGCCGAGGGCCGCGAGUGUGUGAACUGCGGCGCGACCUCGACGCCGCUCUGGAGACGGGACGGGACCGGACAUUAUCUCUGCAACGCCUGCGGACUUUACUACAAGAUGAACGGCCAGAACCGACCACUCAUCAAACCGAAACGGCGCCUGUCGCUGCAGAGUGCGGCGAGGCGGGCGGGCACCAGCUGCGCCAACUGCAAGACCGCGACCACCACGCUCUGGCGGAGGAAUCAGGCUGGCGAGCCAGUCUGCAACGCGUGCGGCCUCUAUUACAAACUUCACAACGUGAACCGGCCGCUGACGAUGAAGAAGGAGGGCAUUCAGACGAGGAACAGGAAGCUCUCGUCGAAGAGCAAGAAGAAGAAGGCCGGCGGCUGCCUGGGCCUCGGCGGCGUGAUGGGCGAUAUGAUCAAGGCCAGCGGUCAUCUGGAUCUCGACAACAAGCCGUUCCACUCGAGCUUCGGCUCGCCGAUGAGCACGUCGCAGCAUCAUCACACGAUGCAUCCGGCGAUGCAGCAUUACAUGUAUCACACGGGCGUCGGCGUGGCCGGAGGUCUUCAUCAAGGAUUUGCGCCACCGGCGCCGCCCCCCAUCCACCCGCACUCGCACUCGCAUUCCCAUUCCCAUCACAUGACGAGUCUUCAGGGUCUCCAGCUGGCCGCGACCACGAACGCGAUGACCGGUUGGCGAUCAGAGUACACAUGAAUCGCGAGCGAUCUCCGGCUCGGGACGCAGCCCACCACUCUCGUUCGAACGUAAUCGUGUCGUGCUUUCUCUCCCUCCCUCUCUCACUCUCUCUCUUUCUCUCUCUCUGUCUUUCUCUCUCUCUCUCUUUUUCUCCCUCUCUGUCUCUCUCUCUCUCUCUUUUUCACACAAACUCUCUCUCUCUCUCUACUAAAUCUAUCUCUCUCCCCCUCUUUUUCUCUUUCAGCAAGAUAAGCGCGAGGGAAAGAGAGUCGGCGAUAGAGGAACGUUUCCGAGACCGUGGAAUCGUAUCCCCGCUCGUUUCUCUAUACGCAGCUUGUGUUCCCGCGUCGCCCCUGUAAAUAUGUAAAGUUUUCGAUCCAAAGGGCCAUCGAGCCCCGGCCCCAAGUACAAACGAAGUCAGCUAACCCGCGUAUCUCGAGUCUUAUAUCGGUAUACAUAUAUACAUAUACAUAUAUCCAGAACCACGCGCUGUACAUACGUAAAACGAGAACGGAGAAGGAGCCAGCCCCGUGUAGUACCGGUGUGCGCUCGAUCGGGAGGAAACGCGGCCGUUUUCUCUCCUCUUCGUCGGGACGCGUCGUCCGAACACUAGGUUUACGGGACCCGUCAAUUUCACGCACACCGAAUUUGAUAAGUAUCGUUUUGUAAAUGCCCACGACGAUUUCGAUCGGCGCGGUUACACGGAUACGCGUCGCAAUCAUCUAUUGCCGGAACCCGACCCACAAAAUCGAAAUGAACGAACUCCCCUAGGAACAAUAGAGCAAACUGUACAACAAAUGCCCGUGAACCUAGUGUUGGCACUUGCGCGCCGAGGUGGGUUGCACGAUACGUCACUUUUGGCGCCGGGCAAAUGUUCAGAAUCUUAGGAAUAACGAAUAUAAAACAGUUCACGGAACCAACAAGCUGGAAACAGUGGAGGCAUGUAACCCUUUGCGCUCGAGAGGUGAGUCUCAGUCACCCAUUGAUUUUAUAUGAUAAAAUUAUAAAGUUGAUUGAUAAAUUGUAACAUAAUCUAGGCAGAACCUAGAGUCUUCGUAUAAUGCGCCACUGCGUGAAGUAUCGAUAUCAAAUAUUUAUAUUCCUUAAUUUAUUUGUGAGUUGUCGUUAGGUCAAUUUAUAAAAAGGCAUCGUCUCGUUAGAAAACGUCGAGUAUUUCGACCGAAAACCUUUCGAGUGCAAACGGUUCGCUCUGUAGAAGCAGACGGCGUACCGAAUCACAUGCUGAGGUGGAUUCAGACAUCUGCGCGUCCCGUUUAACCCUUUCCAGACGAAGAUUCGUUAAAGUACGCGAAACCUUCGGCGGAUGAAGCCAGAUUAUAUAUAUAUCGGAUGCUUAAGUGACAUUGAAAAAGGCAACUACGUACCGAUCUCUUGCUGUUCGAGAAAUGAACUUAUCAUUCCGAAUACGGAAGUUCCAUUUCGCCGGAACGCCGACGUUCGUCCGCGAAGGGUUAACAGACGGAGAACAACAAGCGUGCGUAUACGUGGGUCCCGGCGCGCAAGUGUAACGAGCGAACAGAAAAUUGACGGAGAAAACUGGAAAAAAAUCAGCGCGGAGGAGCAACGACGGUGUAAAAUAGAAACGCGCGCGUCCCGGGUAUGAAGCCCGCGCGCCGCGGCGGAGGGAGACCAUCGUGCAAUCUUUCAGAGUCUUUUUAUUUACGCGAGGAAUUCCCCGCGGUGAGUGUAUAGGUCAAGCGUGUGUGUCUGUGUGCGUGUGUGUGUGUGUGAGUAUGGGUGACGGAUCUUCAGAGCGAGCUUCCGAUUUCUUCGAAAUGGGAACGAGAAGCUCGAGCCGCGCGAAGAACCGGAAACGGACGCGUUGUAAAUUUUGUAUCUUCGAGAUUGUGUACCGUUAUACUGUACCGAUAGUAUAUAUAUAUAUAUAUAAAAAUAAAAAAAAAUAUAUAUAUAUAUACAUAUGGAUUAUAAAUAUGGAUUAUAAAUAUGAAUAUAAAUAUAAAUAUAUAAAUAAAUGAGUCUAUAUAUAUAUAUAUACACACACACGCGUACAUCAUAUAUAUAUAGAUAGGUAUAUAGAUAGGUAAGGAACGGAAUAUAUGAAUAUAUAAAUAUUAUACAGAACGAAGCACCGCGAACGGGAAAGCGGCUCUGGCGAAGCGUCAAAGAGCGGGAGGGAGUGGAAAAAAGUGAUUGUGCAUAAAUUACCGGUUAAUUGCGCAUCGUAAGAUUUGCAUCUAGAUAGUCGAGCGAUGGUAAUUAAAACGAUUUAUCGCGAGCGAAAAAGGUUAAUAGCCGUAAAUGACGAUUAUCGUUAUUAUUCUUAUUACACGCAUCUAUUAUCGUCGUCGCCGAUCGGCCGUCGUCGGCCGAUUUCCAUUCAUUAAUCGUUCUAAUUAAUUAAUUAAAACCGCGGCACCGGCAGGCCCCGACCACUGGAGUCGGGGGACGCGCGCGCACGCGCGACGAUCGCCCGCCGGCCGACCGUUUCUCUCUUCGGCGGCGGCCAUCUUGGAACCGCGGGGAAAAUCGCUGGUGAUUUUUAGUUGGACCGUUGCGUCUAGAUUAUGUUCGGUAACGGAGGCUUUGGAACCGAUAAUGGAGACACAUCGGGGUGCUUGUAGGGGAUCACUUGAUGACUAGGCUGAGGAAUUCGGCUAAUCGAUCAGUUUUCAAUGUUUCUUAUACAACUUUCUGGUGGUUGUAUUCUCUAGUUUUUUCAUAUUUUCGAGCACUGAUUUAAUGUUUGGCAAUACGGUUGUAAGUAAUUGAUCAAAAUUAUGGAAACUAGAGAUUGCCCCUGGCCCAUUCCGCUAGACAUCAAGAUAUCCCCUAAGUACACCGACGAUUUUUUAAUGUUUCUGGAUUCGUUCGUCGAUCUUCGGUAGGGAGAUAACUUUUGCAUCUAACACGAAUCUUUCGUUUAAGAUGGAUCAUGAUGGAGGCUGAUUCUGCACGAUGAUACACGUAUGCGAUAUUGACGCGUUGGGAAUCAAUGACCUGUUGGUCUUGAGCUUCCUGUUUACAUUGACGACGAUUUGUCUUUGGACCUUUUUACUUUCUUUUAUGUUUUUCUCUUGUUUUCUCUGUAGGCAAGUUGUGGGAAAUAAAGGACCAUUGUUGUGAAAUCAUUGUUUAUUGUUUUGAACAUCUGCUGUAUUUUAUGUUUUAAUAUGAGAUGAUUGGUAUAUUUCUAAGACCAUUGUGCGGUUGGAAAUGCAUUAGUAUUGUGAAUUGAGAAUGAAAUGUGUCUAUUUCGAUUUUUCUAUCGGUUAUUCGUUGUUUUGAUAAAUUUGGAUAAUACAAUUUUAUUCAGUCCGUAAGAUAUCACGAAGUUGAUAACAAUACGAUUACAUAUUACUGACACGUUGAGAAAUUGCUUUUCGUGAUUUCAAUCACUGAUCUACAACCAAGCUGCUUACGGUGAGUCCCAAUCGAUAAUUUUAAUACUGUAACUACCAGCUAUUAAAGAGACUUUUCCUCUUCUUUUAUAGAAAUUACAAAAUUACAUUCACUCAGAUUUUGAUAGAUUUAUAUUUCAGUUUACUUAUUAUGAAAUUAAUGUAUUGAGUAAUUUCUAAGAAAAACUUCCUGCGUCCUUUCAAUAAUUACAAAAGAGGAAGUCAGGAAUGAAUCACUUUAAUCCGUUCGGUACUUUUAGCGUUAACACGUUUACUACCAGAAUUUUUAUGAAAUGAAAAUGAAAGUUCAACUUCCUGCAUGUUACAUGCGUUACAGUCAUCGUUAAAAGCACAGGUAAAACUCAUUCACUUUCUUUUCGCAAAAUCAAGACUAUUAAUCAUAAAUACUUCGAAACACCAGGUAGCUUUCAACUGCACUAUAAUAUUCGAUCGUUAAAAUUCUGAAUAGUUCAUCCUCUUGUUUAUACUUCAACAUUAAUUUACAAUUUUCCAACUGCAGCAUUUAAAGAUUAAUAUGCAAUCAGAUUACAUUUUGCGCAACUUUACAUGUGCAUUCGGUGCGUGUCAUACGUGUAUGGUCUUGUGGAAGCGAUUUAAAGGACGAAAAAUCGACGAUCGAGUUAGGAAUUGUCGACAGCGAUUUUCUGGGAGGAAGAGACUCGAGAAAGGGAGCGGGGAACGGGAUGGGGACAGGUUGUUUUCUCGUAAUAGUAUUAUUAAGGAGUAGCGCGCCGGUGCGUUCGCGCGAAGCGACGGAGCGCGCCAACAUGGCGGAUCGCUCUGGCGGUCGGCGGCACGGAGACGCGCGCGCGCGCGCGUGCGUUUUCAUUUUCUUUCGGAUAUGUAAAAAGAGCGGCAUUGUAAGAUAUCGUUGUAAAAAAACAAAAAAAGUGGUUUUAACUUAAAAUAAAUUAAAUGAUUAA